CAUUUGCCAUCAGACGCGGAUGGAGUGUUAACUUAAAACUCGUAUUAAAAUACGAGUAGUCAGGUGUAAUUGUGUGUGUGUGCGUGUUACAUUAAAAAAAAGACAAAGUGAAAAUGGCGUAGCUCAGUCUCGUCUCAUUGCAACAUUAUUAUUUAAUUCAAUCAAUCGUAAUGACUCGUUAAUUUUAUAAAAACCGGUUUCACGUAUACGAAUCCGGCCAUUUUUUACACUUGUUUAUACGCAAUCGCCGUAACACUGUGAUGACAUUUUAGCAGAGUGAUUGUGUCUUUAAAUUUAUAUUAUUUAAACUUGACUAACAAUCAGUGUAAAUUCAAAUAAUCAAGUGUCAGUUAUGUAUCCAAGAAUAAUUAUUUUAUUUAUUUUUAUUACUUGACAUCCACUUAAUCAUCAUCGCCAAUAAUAACAAUCGAAUACUUCAGCUUAUCAUUGUCGUCAUAGUAAUUAUUUUACGACAAUCAAUGACGUUAUUGAAAUUACGUCGCGUAGUUGAGUGUCUUGUGAUAAGAAGAAUUUUUUUUUAUUUACCUGAUAGAUAAUGGAAUUUUUAAAUAAAAUAUUCAAGACAGUGAUUCUUAAAUAUUAAAAUGAAGAUGUCAUAGAUAUCAAAUGCCAAGUGUCGAAAAAAUAAUAUAGUUAAUCCUCGUGACAGCUUAUGACGACAUUACAGACAUCACGAGAUGGCACCACUGGGAUUUUGACAUUUCCCUUGUCCUUAAUUGAAAAUUCGCAAAAACCAACACCUACAUCUGCAUAUAGAAAAUUAAUCAAGUGGAUUUUAUUUAUGACCAAUUAUUUUUUAUUUAAAAAUAUUUAGUUUGGUUUAUUUUAUUUUUUUCUAAAUGUCUGGGUUUCCUGUAUUAUGAGCAGAGAAUUCUACGUUCCUUGUACCCCAUACGCAUAUCCGCAGUGCGGCAGUAGUACUGGAGACGUAGUGAGCCGUGAUCCGAGUGGCAUGGACUGCAUGCCCUUACGUCCAGGACCAUUUCAUUACUUGAUAAGUGAGCAGGCUAAAUCUCUAGUCGCCUUACAGGAGCUGCAGAAUGAGGUCGGUGCCCUUCUUGAAUUUCGGGACCUCGUUAUCGAGACGUUCCCAAACCUCCGGCACAAGAUGGCGGCAUCCGCGACAGCAUCUGUCGCGGCAUCCGUGAUAUCAUCAACACCAAACUCCUCACACAACGCACUGCCCCUAUCGAGUCCCUCGUCCCGUCGAAUAGCCGAAUGGGAGCCUGGUAAAGUCCGUCGAAGAAUAGCCUCAGCACCCCGCGAAUCAGAGACCCCAGCAACGUCAUUGCCACGCAGUCGCAGUAAUUCCCACAGCGGUGGCAGUAAAAAUAGUGCCACCGUACAAGACUCAGGAUUUAGCACCGAGACCUCGUCGAAAGACAGUGCGUCAACGGCGAUACCCAUCAUCCGGCCAACUUCUCCAACAAAACCCGUGUUAGAUGAAGCCGAAGAUGAGCUGUGGAAUCUCCUGGAUGUCAUUCAUCGCAAGGGUAUUAGAUUACGCGAAGAAGUUGAGUCGCUGCAAGGUAGACUAGAAAAUUCACCUCCAGAUGAUCUUAUUGCUGGAGAUGUUUUGGAGGCUGUGAAAAGAGUCACUUCAUCGUCGUCGUCACGACCCAUCACCAGUAGUGAUGAAGCAACUCAUGAUAAAAUUAAUAAUAAUAAUAGUAAUAGUAAUAAUAGUAAUAAUGAAAAUCAUAAUAAACAGGAAGCUCAAGUAGUCGAGAGAUUAACACGUGAAAAUGAACAGCUGAUAGAUAAAGUCGCUGAACUCGAGGCUGAGGCGCUUUCGAAUCGCACUCGUACCCAACAAUUACAAUCAGAAGUUGCUGAACUUUCUGCCAUAAAAAGUGGCCUCGAGGAUCGACUCAGAGGCUUAACUGGAGCUAAUGAUAUUCUUACAACAGCACAAAAAUCACCCGACUUACAAAAAAAAUCAGCUAUUAACACUACGACUAUUACGAGAACCAGUAAAUCGACGGCUCAUAAAAACAGAUUUCGUACGAGGACUAUUGAAAAAAAUGUACUGGCGAAUGGGGCAAUCCAGCCAAUUACGACAGAGGAGUUUGAUCCUGAUGCUGCGGUACAGGAGAGACGAGUGAGAUUAGGAGCUUUAGAUUCUAUUCUUGUUUCCCCAACGAGAGUUGCUCAUGUCCCAGAUGUUGAUCGGCGUAAAAUAGCAGCUAUUUUAAGAGAACAUUCGCCGCUUGAGUUGCAACGACAUCUUAUUACUUCUACCGUCCAUAAUCAGUGCCUGCAAAAAAGAUUAGAUGAAGUGCAAAAAAGCACAGAAACUCUGUCCGAACGUUUAGAUAAAGCGAGAGAGGAAAAUGAUGACUUAAGAUUUCAGCUCGAUAGACAAAAUAUCGAAUUGGAAGGAACCCGAGCGUUGGUUCGCGUGCUAGAAAAACAGCAGCAACAUCAGCGAGCAGACUGCGACUCUGGUGAUCUGGAGUCCGAGGUCGAGACCCGCGAGCCUUGUCUGGAACCAGGAAGCAGUACCGAGUCGGCGCGAGAUCACCAUCAAACAACGGGUUCAACUUCGUCAGCAGUAAAUAACUCAAAUCCAGCUGCCGCGAUCAUCUCAACAGUUGAAGCAGUAAAACCAUCACCCCGGAGACGGCCACCUAGUCGCAUCCCCUUGCCGGACUCCUCAACAAAACCGUCAUCAUCCACGUCAGCGUUAUCAUCAUCAGCACCAACCAGAGCGUCGCCUCUCUGCAACGGCAAGAGUGACAGUCGCGAAUCUCUCAAGACGUCACUGAAAUCUUUGACAGUUAAACCGCCGAGAGAUUCUAGUCGUGACAGUUACACCAGCGGUGGGUUAGGUCUCAACAGUACCUCGAAAUCAUCUCUUACCACAAAGACACGUGACUCAAGUCGCGAAUCAUUGAACAAAAGUUUACCAAAAAAUUUAAAAGAGUCUCAAAGUCGUGAGUCGUUAUCCAAAUCAUCGUUGCCACGUUCCAAUAAUUCAAAUCGUGAUUCUUUGAAUAAAUCUUCACUAUCACGCGCCCGAGAUUCUCUUGAAUCUGUUCACAAUCAUCUGCUAAACAAUUCAAAUUCAAAUUCAACAGCAGCUUCAAAUAAUAGUAACAGUAACAGUAAUAAUUGUCAGCAAUCAUCAUCAACGACAUCAAGCGCAACGUCUUUGAGAAGGCCGCUGGCUCCGGCACGUCGUUCACACAGUUUGGCCCGUGCCUCUAUUGACACUGACACCACCGGCAAGGCACUUACGGACCCUCCGACAUCAUGGUGUUCCUCGAGCAGCGGGUUCCGAUACAGUGACUCGUCAUUGUGUCCAGACUCAUUGAAUCCAGAUGACAAUGACUACAGUAACACAGCAACAUCGAUAACUGGAUCAACGAAGAUUGAAUUUAUGAUCGGCUCACCAACGCGUAGAUUUAAAUCAAAUAAUGUUCCCUGGCAGAAUAAUAAUCAACAUCCACAUCUUAAUCAACACCAACAGUACUUUGAUAGCAUUAAUUCGUCGACUGGAACUGGUGGUAUGGCACCAGAGAGUCUUAUGACUGAUGAAUUUCCACCCCGCAGUGGUGAAGCACUCGCUGAAUGCGAUUCAUUGGAUGAUCAUCCCAUAUCCAGUGAAGAUUAGGUUUUUUUUAUUCAUCUCUUCAGUGUUAAUACAAAUAUUGUCGUUAAAAAAAAAGCCAGAAAUUUUUUUUCAUCAGAAAAGAAAUAUAUACUACAGUAAUCAUGUGAAAGUUUAUAUAAAUUAUAUAUUUGUUUUGGGUAAUUCAAAUUUAAAUUGAAAAUAUGGAAUUUAUUACAAUUGAAUUUUUACCCGGUUGAUUUAAAUUUUGGUUGAAAUCAGUGAAACUAAAAAAAGGAUCGAAUUAAAAAUAGUUAUAUAUUUUUUAGUUAAAUAUAUUAAUUUAAUUAUUUAAAAAUUCAGAACAUAAAAAUUAUAAAUACAUAUAAAUGUAUGCAUAAGUUUUUUAAAUUCAUAUCGUUGAAUUGUAGUUCAAAAUUUGACUUGAAGAUAAACUUCAAAGUCAAAAAAAAUUAUUGGGAUAAUAAUUUAUAAGGUGAUUGGUCCAGUGAAUGAACACGAACAGUAAAUGAACAUUUUUUAAUGUUUUACAUCAUUUAGAUUUAAAUCAUAAUUACAAACAAAAAAAAAUAAUUUAUUGCUGCUUGAUUGAGAACUUUCAGAAUUUAAAUUCUAAUUUGUUGCAUCCUUCUAUACUAAAAUACUGGAAGGUUACAUGUCUAAAUAUCAGUAAUAAUAUCAAAUGACAAAACAUCACAGUCACAAAAUCACAUAAAAAAAUAUCAUACAAUAAAUUAUUACACGUCUAAUUAUCAAUUGCUCAGAUGUCGCAAUGUUUUAAUAUCAUGUGAAAAAAUAUUAUAUUUAUUAACAUAAAAUAUGGAGUAAAUGUGGAGUGAAUGCGAAGUGGAUGAAGAGUAGUUUAUUUUAAUAUUGAAACUCCAGUCCGGAGUAAAAUUCACUCCGAAAAGGAGUUUAUUUUAAUAUCAAAACUCUGAAUCUGAAUGAAUGUGAAUUGAUUUAAAAUCCAGAUCACAUCAAAAUCACUCCUCUGAAAAAACAAACUCCUAUUUACUCCUUAUAUGGAGUGAUUUUUUUUAAACGCCAAAACUCCUAGUGAUGGAGUAAAUCCAGAUUUAAAUAAAAUUUGUAAUCACUCCGAAUUUACUUCCAAUCUUUUACAGUGUACGCAUCGAAUAUUUGUUACACAAUUUUCAUGAUUUUCUUUUACUACGCAUGACAUUACUACGCUGUAAAAUUCGGAGACAUGAUAUUAUGAUACAUGAUAAUUACACGUAAGAUAUUGUCUUAUGUGAUAUUUAAUCAUUACACUUACGGGGAAAAUACAACCGUUCAUUUACUGGUUAAAAGUUCAUUUACUGAAUUAAUCACUCUAGUGCAAGUAAUUAAAGAUAAUUUUUGGCAGACAAUUAUUUUUAUUUAACACUAAAAGAGUUAGUUAUGUUAUUUAUUUAUUUAACUAAAAAAUUAUUUAUUGACUAACAAUAAAUUGUUAUCAUUUCAUUAUUUAUUAACACUGAUCAGUUAUCGAGGUAUUGAAAAUUAAAAAGUCAAUUUUUAAAUUUUUUUACAAGUAUUAAAAAUUACAUAAUUAAAUAUGAUACUGAAAGUAGUAGACAUUGAAAUAAUGAAUUUAUUUUGAAUAAAGAAAUAAAAUAUUUAUAGAAUAAACUUUCAAAAAUUACAGAUCAAAAAUCUUAAAAAAUCUUUGCCUGCUUAUCUCAAAAUUGUCUUUUUAUUCACAAAUAAAUUCUUUGUUAAAAUAUUAAAAUUGUCUGAUGUCUACUACUUUCAGUAUCAUAAUUAAAUCCGUAUAGUUUUUGUAUUCAUAAACAUAAUUUAUUUUUUUCUUAAUUAAACAAUCAAUCAUAGUUGAAAACAUCGAUUCAAUAAAUAUGAUCUUCCAUAGUAAAAAAAAAAAUCGAUCAAUAAAUAAUUUCAUAUUUAAAAAUAAUAAUUAUUCGGGAAAUUAAAAAAAUAAUGAAAAUAAAAUCAAAUUUGUCGCAACUCGUUAAUGUAUUUUGUAAAAAAACGAAUUUUUAAAUUAUAUAUAAAUAGAUAUUUAUAUAAAUAUAAAAUAUUACAUAUAUAAAUAUAUGUAAGCUCACGGAUUUGUGGUACAGAAUUAAUGAAAAAAAUUAAAAACAAAACUUCCAAUUUUUUAAUUGUUUUGUUUAAUUUUACGAACAUAAAAUUUGUACCUCGAGAUUAAGCAAUUAGUCAAGAAUCAGUUUGCGUUGCAAACUUUGAAUUCUUUGAUUCCCAUAACUGUCAUUUUAUUUUUUUUUUUUUUAUUUUUUUUUAAAUUAACCGACAUAAUUAUUAAUGUAAUUAAGUGUAUCACUUGGAGUCUCAAUCCUGCAUUUUGUUAUUUUAAAAAUAGUGAAACUUUUGUACAUUUUAUUAUAUUAUAAAUAUUUUUUUAUAAACAAGCUGUGUCCAUCUGUUUGUUAUUAUGCUUAUUUAGUUAUUUAAAUAUGUAAAUAUGUAGAGAAUUUAUUUUAAUUAUAAGUUAAUAGAUAAAUAAAUAUUUGUGAUUGUUUUUAUAAAUAUAUGAAUGUAAUUGUAAUUAUAAAUAUUAAUAACUGAG